AUGCUCACUUUGAGAGAAUUAUAAGAGCUACGCUAAGUAAAUGAUGAUAGAAAGGCAUUAACAGAUAGAUAUGGAGUGGGAUUCAACAACCCACUUUCAGCUAGAAAUGAAUAUUAAGGCAAGCAGACAUUGGGUGCGUGGGAUCCAAUUACAAACAAGCCUCAAACACUUAUUGUUAAUAAUGGGUCUGAUCCUAUUGUGUUAGAUCACAACACGCCUCGACAAGAAAUCACAAAAAAUAUUGUAUUUUAGAAAGGUUUCCCGUUUUAGACUAAUUAACCUUAAAUUAGAAACCCUUAAGCAUAAACUUAAAAUAUUCCAACUACAUAUUCGAAAGUCUAAUCUGUAUAACAUAUUCCAUAAAACUAUAUGCAUGAAAAUCAUCAUAGAUAAAGACCGUAUUAACUAAAAAGCGUUGAAGAAAUCCUAAGACCUUGGAAGGCAAAGGAAAUUAUGUAUAACAGAGAAUUAAAAGCCUUAUAGGAUAAGCUUAACAAAGGAAAUUACUCGAUGACAGAUAAAAGGACUUUGAAAGUGGAUAAUGUGGCUAAAAAACUAGAAUUAUAAAAUGAAGUUGAAAAAUUGGAAGCCAUUUUAAAAAAUAAAGAUGAAGAGAUAACUAGAUUAAAAAUUAGAAGCCAAGAAAUAGAAGAAAAGCUCAUAGAGAUAUCUGAAGAGAGUUCAACAGAAUUCAAUAAAUAUCAAAAAGAAUUGGAGGAAUGGAAAAAAAAGUUUAAAGAACUGAAUAAUUUAUAUCAUGAAUGUGAGGAGGAGUGUACCAUGAAAGAAACAGAAAUCGAAAGCUUAAAAAAAAGGAAAUUGUCUGUGAUUAAAACAUAAACUGUUUAAAAAGUUGGAACUAAACCAUAAAAAAAUAUGGAUAGUCCAAGAGCUAUUAUUUCUACUGUAAGCGACAAAGAUUCAGAUUAUUAUUGA